AUGACGUGUGGCACGGCAAUCAGGUCACGGUCAGCACCGUUCAUCAACUCUGCCACGUCGCUGCUGACAUUUGCCAUCCUGUCAUUAGCGUGGUUUGUAGGAUUCGCUUCAAGACUUUUCGCCAUCGUCCGAUUUGAAUCGAUCAUCCACGAGUUCGAUCCAUGGUUCAACUAUCGUGCAACCCACUACAUGGUACAAAAUGGCUUCUACAACUUCCUUAAUUGGUUCGAUGAACGAGCAUGGUACCCUCUGGGAAGAAUUGUCGGAGGAACUGUGAGUUGGAUUUUCCAGGUAUAUCCAGGUCUUAUGGUCACGUCAGGGUUAAUCCACUGGAUUCUCGACAUGCUUAAUUUCCAUGUUCAUAUUAGAGAGAUAUGCGUGUUUCUCGCACCAACUUUCUCCGGACUGACUGCUAUCGCGACGUACCUUCUGACUAAGGAAUUAUGGUCAGCUGGAGCUGGCUUAUUCGCUGCCUGUUUUAUUGCUAUUUCCCCUGGAUAUACAAGUCGAUCAGUGGCGGGAUCUUACGACAAUGAAGGCAUUGCUAUUUUUGCUCUUCAGUUCACUUAUUUCCUCUGGGUCAAAUCGCUGAAGACUGGUUCUGUGAUGUGGGCGACGUUUUGUGCGCUUUCGUAUUUCUAUAUGGUAUCAGCAUGGGGAGGAUAUGUCUUUAUUAUCAAUCUAAUACCACUUCACGUCCUUGCCUUAAUUGUCAUAGGUCGUUACUCAUCACGUUUGUUUGUGGCAUACACAAGUUUCUACUGCCUUGCCACCAUUUUAUCAAUGCAAGUUCCAUUCGUCGGUUUCCAACCAGUUCGUACUUCAGAGCAUAUGCCUGCUUUUGGAGUGUUCGGGUUAUUGCAGAUUGUCGCUGCCAUGCAAUAUGCUCGUGCCCGUGUCUCGCGUCAGCAGUUUAUGACCCUUUUUGUGGGAGGCUUGACUGUUGUUGGGAUCCUUGCCGUCGUCGUUUACUUUUGUUUAGUGUGGGGAGGUUACGUUGCUCCAUUCUCUGGCCGCUUCUAUUCCUUGUGGGAUACUGGGUAUGCUAAGAUCCAUAUUCCAAUCAUCGCAUCUGUAUCUGAACAUCAACCUACGACAUGGACCUCUUUUUUCUUUGAUCUGCACAUCACUGCUGCUGUGUUUCCAGUCGGAUUGUGGUACUGUGUGAAGAAUGUGAACGACGAGCGCGUAUUCAUCAUUUUGUACGCCGUGUCUGCCGUAUAUUUUGCUGGUGUUAUGGUUCGGCUCAUGCUAACGCUUACUCCAGUGGUCUGUGUGUUGUCGGGAAUUGCGUUUUCGUUCACCUUUGAAAAGUAUUUGCGCGAUGAUGAGAAGUCAUCUAACAAAUCAGAAUCGGACCGUCAAAUGUACGACAAGGUCACCAAAAAGGCAAAGAGUUCCUCAUCAUCUGAAAGCGCCGGAGAUUCUGUUGGAGCCAACUCCAGAUCGAUUGUCAGUGUUGUGCUGGUCUUGUUCCUGCUCAUGUUUGUCGUUCAUGCGACAUAUGUGACGAGCAAUGCUUACUCCCAUCCAUCUGUCGUGCUUCAGAGCGCUAAUAGCCAAGGUGAUCGGGUAAUCAUGGAUGAUUUCCGAGAAGCGUACCACUGGCUACGAGAAAAUACCGCUGAUGAUGCUAGAAUUAUGUCUUGGUGGGAUUAUGGUUAUCAAAUCGCUGGAAUGGGAAAUCGAACAACGCUCGUCGAUAACAAUACCUGGAACAAUUCACACAUCGCUUUGGUUGGUAAGGCGAUGUCAUCUAGUGAGCCGGCGGCCUAUGAGAUAAUGCGUGAGCUAGAUGUCGACUAUGUACUUAUUAUUUUUGGCGGAGUUAUCGGCUAUUCCGGGGACGACAUCAACAAGUUUUUGUGGAUGGUUAGAAUUGCCGAAGGCGAACAUCCAAAAGAGAUUAAGGAGAGUAACUAUUUUACGGAAUCGGGCGAAUAUAGUGUGGGAGGAGGGGCAUCUGAAACGAUGCUAAAUUGCUUGAUGUAUAAGAUGUCAUACUAUCGCUUUGCGGAGCUGCGAUUGGGUUAUAAUCAAGAGGGAUUUGACAGAACGCGUGGCUAUGUCAUUGGAAAGAAGGAUGUUACUCUGGAAUACAUUGAAGAGGCGUAUACCUCGGAAAAUUGGUUAGUUCGCAUCUACAAAGUGAAGCAUCCGGAAAAUCGACCUGUGAUUAAGAAGAGCGAAAGACUUGUCAAAAUACCUGACACGAAGGUGACAAAGGGCAGCAACAAGCGUGGAGCACUACGGAAUCCUCCUGUUGUGAAAAAAGGAACGAAGUUGGCGGAGUGA